AUGGGGGACAUGCGGGACCACGAGGAAGUGCUGGAGAUCCCAGAUCAGGACAGCGAAGAAGAACUGGAGAACAUAAUCGGACAGAUAGCAUAUAAUGACCUAACCAUCCCUGUGACUGAGAUGCAGGAGCCAGAAGCUCUUCCCACAGAGCAAACAGCCACAGACUACGUCCCCAGCAGUACCUCCACACCGCACCCAAGCUCCGGUCAGGUCUACGUGGAGCUUCAGGAACUGAUGAUGGACCAGAGGAACCAGGAACUACGAUGGGUGGAGGCAGCGCACUGGAUAGGGCUGGAGGAAAACCUUCGAGAGGAUGGUGUGUGGGGUCGCCCACAUCUAUCUUACCUGACCUUCUGGAGCCUUCUAGAACUGCAGAAGGUCUUCUCAAAAGGCACCUUCCUUCUGGGUCUGGCAGAGACAUCCCUGGCUGGGGUGGCCAAUCACCUUCUAGACUGCUUCAUCUACGAGGAUCAGAUUAGGCCUCAGGACCGAGAAGAACUGCUCCGGGCUCUGCUACUCAAACGCAGCCAUGCUGAGGACCUAGAGAACCUGGAGGGGGUGAAGCCCGCCGUCCUGACCCGCUCUGGAGGCGCCUCUGAGCCUUUGCUUCCCCACCAGCCAUCUCUGGAGACCCAGCUGUACUGCGGACAGGCAGAGGGGGGCUCAGAAGGACCCUCAACAUCUGGGACUCUGAAGAUCCCCCCAGAUUCAGAAACCACACUGGUGCUAGUGGGCCGGGCUAAUUUUCUGGAGAAGCCUGUACUGGGCUUCGUGAGACUGAAGGAGGCUGUGCCGCUGGAGGACCUGGUGUUGCCGGAGCCUGUGGGCUUCCUUCUUGUUCUGCUGGGACCUGAGGCUCCACAUGUCGACUAUACCCAGCUGGGCAGGGCUGCAGCAACUCUCAUGACAGAAAGAGUGUUCCGCGUUACCGCCUCCACAGCGCAUAACCGAGAGGAGCUGCUGCGCUCUCUGGAGAGCUUUCUGGACUGUAGCCUGGUGCUGCCGCCCACAGACGCCCCUUCAGAAAAAGCUCUGCUCAACCUGGUACCCGUGCAGAAGGAGCUGCUUAGGAGGCGGUACCUGCCCAGCCCCGCCAAGCCAGACCCCAACUUGUACAACACUCUAGACUUGAACGGGGGAAAAGGGGGCCCUGGUGACGAAGACGACCCUCUACGGCGCACAGGCCGGAUCUUUGGAGGCCUGAUCCGUGAUAUCCGGCGCCGUUAUCCUUACUACCUGAGUGACAUCACUGAUGCGCUCAGUCCCCAGGUGUUGGCUGCUGUCAUCUUCAUCUACUUUGCUGCCUUGUCACCUGCGGUCACCUUCGGCGGCCUCCUGGGAGAAAAGACCCGGAACCUGAUGGGGGUGUCAGAGCUGCUCAUCUCCACAGCAGUGCAAGGCAUUCUCUUUGCUCUCCUGGGGGCACAGCCCCUGCUUGUGCUAGGCUUCUCAGGACCCCUGCUGGUGUUUGAAGAAGCCUUCUUCUCGUUCUGUGAAAGCAAUAACCUGGAGUAUAUCGUGGGCCGCGCGUGGAUAGGCUUCUGGCUCAUCCUGCUCGUGAUGUUGGUGGUGGCCUUUGAAGGCAGCUUCCUCGUCCAAUACAUCUCCCGAUACACCCAGGAGAUCUUCUCCUUCCUCAUCUCCCUCAUCUUCAUCUAUGAGACUUUCUCCAAGCUGAUCAAGAUUUUCCAGGACUACCCACUACAACAGACUUAUGCCCCUGUUGUGAUGAAGCCCAAACCUCAGGGCCCCGUGCCCAACACAGCCCUCUUCUCUCUUGUGCUCAUGGCUGGUACCUUUCUACUUGCCAUGACGCUACGAAAGUUCAAGAACAGCACCUACUUCCCCGGCAAGCUGCGUAGAGUCAUUGGGGACUUCGGGGUCCCCAUCUCCAUCCUGAUAAUGGUCCUGGUGGAUUCCUUCAUCAAGGGCACCUACACACAGAAACUCUCGGUGCCUGAUGGCCUCAAAGUGUCCAACUCCUCCGCCCGGGGCUGGGUCAUCCACCCUCUGGGGCUGUAUAGACUUUUCCCCACGUGGAUGAUGUUUGCCUCCGUUCUGCCCGCCCUGCUUGUCUUCAUUCUCAUUUUCCUUGAGUCUCAGAUCACCACGCUGAUUGUCAGUAAACCAGAACGGAAGAUGAUCAAGGGCUCUGGCUUCCACCUGGACCUGCUGCUGGUCGUUGGCAUGGGUGGGGUGGCUGCCCUCUUUGGGAUGCCUUGGCUCAGCGCCACCACUGUAAGAUCUGUUACCCACGCCAAUGCCCUCACAGUCAUGGGGAAGGCCAGUGGUCCAGGGGCUGCAGCCCAGAUCCAAGAGGUCAAGGAACAGCGGAUCAGUGGGCUCCUGGUCUCUGUGCUUGUGGGACUGUCCAUCCUCAUGGAACCUAUCCUGUCCCGCAUCCCCCUGGCUGUGCUCUUCGGCAUCUUCCUGUACAUGGGAGUCACAUCCCUCAGUGGCAUCCAGCUCUUUGACCGCAUCUUGCUCCUGUUCAAGCCACCCAAGUACCACCCGGAUGUGCCCUUUGUCAAGAGGGUGAAGACCUGGCGUAUGCACCUCUUCACGGGCAUCCAGAUCAUCUGCCUGGCUGUGCUGUGGGUGGUGAAAUCCACUCCCGCCUCGCUGGCCUUGCCCUUCGUCCUCAUCCUCACAGUGCCUCUCCGUCGUCUCAUCCUGCCGCUCAUCUUCAGAGAGCUGGAACUCCAGUGUCUGGACGGUGAUGAUGCCAAAGUGGCCUUUGACGAGGAGAAUGGCCUGGAUGAGUAUGACGAAGUGCCCAUGCCUGUGUGAGCGGCAGGCCCAGGCCCCAACCACUCCACUUUCCCACCCUCCCAGGAAGACCACUCAUGGGCGUGUUAUGACUGUGGGUGGGGAAGGAGGGGUGUUCUAGGAAACCCUCUAUCUAAGGUACACUGGAUUUUCUGGCUGGAGAUGACCAGAAGCUAUAUCAGGGAAUUGGGGUCACAGUCUCUUGCGACUGUCCGGGCCCCCCAGGCUGGAAAAGUUAGAUUUGUGUCUCCUCUCUUCAUGGACACUUUUCAUGUUCCUGCUGGCUGUGUGGCCUUAGGUAAGUCCCUUGACCUCUCUGGCCUCUGCUUCCUACUCUAUAAAAUGUAUGCAUUGGUAAGAGUACCCAUGUUACCAUAUGACGGGUGAGGACCAAGAGCAAAUGUCCAAGAACCAUUACAGCCUUCAUUGUUCCCCAAGCCUGCCCAGAUCAUACAGCCCCUGGGGCCACACAGCACAGACCUGAGCCUCCUGACCUGAAGGCCACACCUCUGUCCUCCAUCUUCCCACCCACAUGCCUGCCCUGUACAGAAAUACCCCUAAUGACUUCCUCGCAUUUUCUGUCCCAGCCCCACCCCAAGACUCCCUUCUCUGCAUCCAGAGAGGCGUCCUGGUGAGAAUAAGGGACUGGGGCUCAGACUCCUAGGUACUUGCUCUCUCCCACUAAAUAUUCAUUCAUUCAUUCAUUCAUUCAUUCAUUCAUUCAUUCACUUAUUCACUCAUUCAUACACUCCAUAGCCACCUACUAAAGGCCCUAGACCUAUAGACACAGAGGGAACUGGUUCAAAUUCCUCCGGGGUGAGGCCAAUAUCGAAGUCUGCUCUGAAUGUGGGCGGGGAUAGAGGGAGGGUGGGAGAGUUGUAAUUUAUUAACUCUGUAUUUUCUAAGUGCUCCUUCUGAGCCUCAGUUCUGCCCCCAUGAGAAACCUGCUGUGUCCAACCCCAGCUAAGCUGAAUCUUUGGGGGGAACCCAAGCUUUGACCCAUUGGAGUAGGAGACAGUGGCUUGCUCAAAAUAUGGAUAAACAUCUAUUUUUUUUUUUUUUACAAAAAGAUAAUAUUAAAAAAAAAAAGAGUUGAAAGAACUGGAACUUGUGAGAGAAGCAGAAAAUCUGAGUGAGCAGGCAGCAGGAGGCUUGCAGUGGGAGAUUCUCGGGGGAUUUGAAAGCACAUGCCUGCCUCCUGGUACAUCACCACAGAACGCUUGUUUCCACGUUGUAGAAAUGAGGACAGGGAUGUACCUACCUUGUAGGGAGCUGGGAGGAUUGAUCCACAAGGUCUAAGAAAAGUGUUUGCUGAGCAGAGCCCUCCUUGUGGGAAGCUGCUGAUGUGACCAUGUUUUGGGCACACCUCAUCCUCUCCUGCCUUGCCUGCUCCUUGAACAUUACCAAAGAGAGUGGGGGAAUCGCGCCACCCACUCUGCCAACGCUCUUCCCCACUGCCGUGCUUGGGAAUAGGUUUUGCCAAUAAAUGUGUCUGUG